UAAUUGACGUUUCUUACUUUCUUCAUCUCGUGUUUUUCCGUGAAAAAUUAGAUUUUUUUAAUUAGUAUUUUUGGUUAAUUACUCUUCUUCAACGUAACCAUGAACUGUACAUAAUGAAAUAAUUAGUGAAACAAGAUAGUGCCCAUUUUUUUUUGGUGUUUUGAUGUAGUUUUGUUUAGGUGUUAUUGCCUUGUUUUCAAGUUAUUGUUAACCUAGUAAAUAUGUCUGAGAAACCCGUGGCUGCGAGUGGCAACCAGCCCAUCGUGAAGAUUGGGCACUACACGCUGGGGGCCACUCUAGGGGUGGGCACCUUCGGCAAGGUAAAGAUAGGCGAGCACCAACUGACGAAGCACAAAGUGGCUGUGAAGAUCCUCAAUAGACAGAAAAUAAAGUCCCUAGACGUGGUCGGAAAGAUCAGACGAGAGAUACAGAACCUCAAGCUGUUCAGGCACCCACAUAUUAUAAAACUGUACCAGGUGAUAUCCACACCAACUGACAUCUUCAUGAUUAUGGAAUAUGUGUCUGGCGGGGAGCUCUUUGACUACAUCGUAAAGCGGGGAAAACUGCAAGAACAUGAGGCACGGCGGUUUUUCCAACAGAUCAUUUCCGGAGUCGACUACUGCCACCGACAUAUGAUUGUGCACCGGGACUUAAAGCCAGAGAACCUCCUAUUAGACCAUAAUAUGCACGUCAAGAUUGCAGACUUCGGUCUGUCUAACAUGAUGAUGGACGGAGAAUUUUUACGGACUUCGUGUGGGUCCCCAAAUUAUGCAGCUCCUGAGGUUAUUUCAGGGAAGUUGUAUGCAGGUCCAGAAGUAGACGUAUGGUCUUGUGGCGUCAUUCUUUACGCUUUGUUAUGUGGUACAUUGCCUUUCGACGAUGAACAUGUUCCGACUCUCUUCCGGAAGAUCAAAUCGGGCAUAUUCCCGAUACCUGAGUACUUAAACAAGAGUGUUGUGAGUCUGUUAUGCAUGAUGCUUCAAGUGGACCCAAUGAAACGGGCCAGUAUUGAGGAUGUGAAAAAACAUGACUGGUUCCAAAAGGAUCUACCGGGGUAUCUGUUCCCAUCCCCUGUAGAACAGGUAUUAGACAGCAGUGUAAUUGACACGGAAGCUAUAGCAGAAGUGUGCGAGAAGUUUGGAGUUAAAGAGCACGAAGUACAUAAUGCUUUGUUGAGCGGAGACCCGCACGACCAACUGGCUAUCGCUUACCACCUAAUUAUAGACAAUAAACGUAUUGCUGACGAAGCCGCUAAGGCUGAAAUCAAGGACUUUUAUGUAGCUAAUAAUUCCCCGCCGGCCACGAGCGAGAGUUCCCGGCCGCACCCUGAGCGUAUUGCGCCGCUGCGUGACAAGCCCGCGCCCGCCGCGCUUCCCCAGGCGGACAAGAAGGGAACGCCCGUCAAGAGGUCAGUGAUGAUUCAUUAAUAUUGGGAAUUCGUC